AUGUCUUCUUUUCCAAGACUCCCUCCUUCUGGCAUCACUGUUAUCAUCGUUGGGGCGGGGUUUGCUGGGCUUGGGGCAGCGAUUGAAUGCGACCGCAAGGGUCACUCCGUCAUCCUGCUGGAGAAAAGCGACGAAAUUGAGCAGCUACAGAGAGUCGGAGAUAUCAUCAGCUUUGAUCCCAACGCCUCUCAGCUACUGAAGCGAUGGCCGGGCGUCUGGGAGGCGCUGUGGCCAAUCACACGACACGCCGAGGUGUUUGACAUGCAUGCCUGGACCGGAGAACUUCUGACACAACAGUCGUUCAAAUGGGAGAAUGAAAAUUGGGGACCUAGACUCAGCGGGCAUCGUGGAGAGAUGCAUGCUGCGAUUUAUAGACACGCAAAUGAUCGAGGGAUCGAUAUCAGACUUGGAAGCAGAGUGACAGACUACUUCGAGACAGAUGAAGAAGCCGGCGUGGUGGUCAACGGCCAGCGCCUCGCUGCAGAUGUGGUUUUCGCUGCCGAAGGUGUGAGAUCACCAGGCCGCAAGCUCGUGCUAGGGUUUGAAGAUAAACCGCUGUCCUCUGGUUAUGCGGUGUACAGGGCUUGGUUUCCAGCUGAGAGGCUGAGGAACAACGACAUAACGAAGCACCUGGUCAGCAACGGAGACUGGAUGGGUGGCUGGGUCGGACCAGACCUGCACUUUCUCUGCUCCUGUCUCAAGGAUGGCAACGAUUUCAACUGGGCGUAUACUCACAAGGACCUGGCCGAUAUCGACGAGAGUUGGCAGUUUCCUGGAACUGUGGAGGAGGCGCUCGCCAACUUGGAUGGGUGGUCUCCUGUGGUUCGGGAGAUUGUCAAGGCAACUCCGGAUGGACGGCUCAUCGAUCACAAAUUGGUCUAUCGUGACACCCUCCCCACUUUCACUUCGCCAAAGGCCCGGAUAGCCCUUAUCGGAGACGCUGCGCACCCGUUCCUGCCAACAUCUAUCCAGGGUGCAGGCCAAGCUCUAGAAGACGGGGUCACGCUGGCCAUCACAUUAGAGCUCAGCGGCAAGGACAAGGUGCCACAGGCGGUCAAAGCCUACGAGAAGAUCAGGUACGAUCGUGUGAAGGAGGCCCAGGCCCAGGGUGUCCGUACGAGAGAGCGAUGGCACAAAGCCGACUGGGACGAAGUUCGAAAGGACCCAACACGUCUGCAUCUAGUUCGGGAAGCCUGGCUGUUGGAUUUUGAUGCCGAGAAACACGCAUACGCCGUAUUUGGCGACGUUGUCAAGGGGGCUCUCUAG